AUGUCGGACGACGAUGACUACAUGAAUAUGGUCAUUGAGGAGGCUCCUCAAAAGGAGACCUUUACACAAAAGAAGCGCCGCGAGCAACGAGAGGCCGAAGCCCGAGGCCGAACCCUCUCCAAAUCCGAGCGCGCAGCCCAGGAAGCUGCCCGUCGCGAUGAAGCUCUCGCAACAAGCACCCUCAACCCAGCGAGCAAGGGUUUCCAGAUGAUGGCCAAGCUAGGCUUCAAGCCCGGUGAAGCACUUGGCAAGCGCAACGCGAGCGAUUCCGAAAACGACUCCUCCAAAUCACGUGCCGAGCCACUGAACCUCAUCUUCAAAGAAAACCGCGGCGGAAUAGGCCUCGACAGCGAGAAGAAGCGCAAAAUCCGCGAGGAGGCCGAGGAAGCUUCGAAAAAGAUCAAACAUGAGGAAGGAACGUACCGGGAUCGGGUGCGCGAGGAGCGCGAGACGAAACGGACCGAGGCGCAAGUGCGCGCCGCGCAAAAAGUUGCCGAGCGACUGGAUGCGGGGGAAGGGUCGGACCAGACCAAGGCUGAGGAUGACAGCAAGUCCAAGGAAGACGAGCCAAAAGCCAAGAGCAAACCGGUCAAGCUCACGUCACAGAUCAAUGUUCUCUAUCGGGGUCUUGUUCGGGAGCGCGAAAAGCAUGAUAGUGAUCGGCAAGCGCGUCAUGCUAUGCAGACUUCGUUGCCGUCAUCAUUUUUCCCGAGGGCGAAGUUACCUGAAUACGAUGAUCCGACGCUGGAGCGGGACGACAAGAAAGCUCUUGGACAAGUUGAUCACCAGACGUCGGCACUGGAGAUCGAGCUUGACGAUGAAGAUGAAGAGCUUGAUGCGUUCAAUGCCCUUGCGCCCAGUGAACGGCUACACAAGCUGGUGAUGUACCUGCGCGAGGAACAUCGGUAUUGUUUCUGGUGUAAAUAUGCUUACGAGACGGAGGAAGAGCUGCAAGGGUGUCCUGGGCUUACGGAGGAAGAUCACGAUUGA